AGAGGUCGGCCGCGCCGCUUUCCCUCUCUCAAGUUGAGCCAGCCGCAUCACUGCCUGUGAGCGAGACGUGUACACAUCUCCAUCUCCGUCUCCACCUCGCUCGAUCCGCCUGCACAACCGGCGCUGCCCCGAUCCCCAAGAAUCCGAUCCAGGGAUCCAUGUCCAUGGCCGCCGUGACCAAGAAGAAGAAGGUCAUCAUCGACACCGACCCAGGGAUCGAUGACGCCAUGGCCAUCUUCGUGGCGCUCAGGUCGCCGGAGCUGGAGGUGGUGGGACUCACCACCAUCUUCGGCAACGUCUACACCGCCCUCGCCACCCGCAACGCGCUGCACCUCCUGGAGACCGCUGGGAGGACCGACAUCCCCGUCGCGGAGGGGUCCCAUGUAACAAUCAAGAAAGCCACCAAGCUACGGAUUGCUAGCUUCGUCCAUGGUUCGGAUGGCCUCGGCAACCAGAACUUCCCUCCGCCGGCCGGCAAGGCGGUGGACCAGUCCGCCGCCGCCUUCCUUGUCGAGCAGGCGAAUCUCUACCCUGGACAGGUCACCGUCGUCGCCCUCGGCCCCCUCACCAACCUUGCGCUGGCUGUCGAGCUUGACCCUUCUUUCCCAAAGAAGAUUGGGCAGAUCAUUAUCCUGGGUGGCGCAUAUUCAGUUAAUGGAAAUGUCAACCCUGCAGCUGAGGCAAAUAUAUUUGGCGAUCCUGAUGCGGCUGAUAUAGUUUUUACCUGCGGCGCGGAUAUUUUGGCCAUCGGAAUUAACAUUACGCACCAAGUACUCCUUUCUGAUGUUGACCGGAAGAAGCUUGAACAGUCCGAUAGCAAAUAUGCUCGCUACUUGAGCAAUAUACUGGGUUAUUAUUAUGAUUAUCACAUGGACGCCUACUCCAUAACAGGAGUAUAUCUUCAUGAUCCCACAACUCUUCUUGCCGCCGUAGAUCCGUCGCUGAUGACUUACACGGAAGGAGUGGUGAGGGUUCAGACGGAUGGAAUCACAAAGGGUCUCACCGUUUUCGACAAUACCAAGAAAACGUAUGGGGAGAUAACAGCGUGGUGUGGUAAGCCUACCGUGAAGGUUGCUGUCACGGUCGAUGCCCCUGCUGUCGUGGAGCUCAUAAUGCAGAGGCUUCUCAUGGACGAUUGAAACAUUUCAUUUGCAAUGCUGCAGUCAAGAUUCAAGAACAUAUUUGUCAAUGUUGCAUUAUGUACUGGCUACCUUACCAUGUGCCUUUUUCUUUGUAGUUCAACACUUGUAGUCCAACACUUGACAUUUACACUUGUAGUUCAACACUUGAGCCUUUUACACUUCAGACAUAAGGACCAGAUUAUAGUCCAUUUUCACUUUUCAGUUCUCAAUGCA